GAAGGCUCACCUGUGAUCCUGAUCUUGAGGCUGGAAGAUACAAGUUUCUGACCUGGAUCUUGGCAUGAAGGCCUUGAGGCAAAGUGGCUAUGAAUCCCAGGAAACUAAGGCAAGGAGAUCUCUGAGUUCAAGGUCAUCUGGGACAAAGCAGAUCCAGGGGUUCACACCUUUAAUCUGGGCCACACCUUCUGCUGGAGACAUGUAUAAGGACAAGCUCUCUCGUCUUUGCCUGCUUGCUUUGUGGGACUGAGCAGCUGCUAGGCUUUGGACUUCCAUUCACAGAUGCUGCUGACCAUUGUUGGGGAGUUGGACUACCGACUGAACCCCCAUCCCAUCAAAGCUGAAGGGACCCUUAGUUAAGGAAACUGGUACCCAGAGAAGGAGUGCGUGGAUUCUAGGGUAACACAGGAGCUUAGUUUGAUGCAGUGCUGAGGCCCAAGCUCAAGUGUCCUUACUGCCGUGGCUCCUGGACUCAGAUGACUCCAGUUUCCUUCACUGCUGAGAAAUGCCCGCCUCUCCCUAGAGUGGGAGCCUCUGGGACCAAGAGAAGGUGGGUCUUGAAGUCUUGGCGACUAGCGAGGUUGGGUCGAGCGGCGGCUGAAGUAGCCAAUAGAUGCUGGAGGGGUGGAGCCUGCUGGUCUUUGGCGGCUGCGGCGGAGCUUGCAGGCGUCUAGUCUUGCUGGCUCAGCAAGCCCGAUAAGCAUGAAGCUGCUGUGUUUGGUGGCUGUGGUGGGGUGCUUGCUGGUACCCCCGGCUCAAGCCAACAAGAGCUCUGAAGAUAUCCGGUGCAAAUGCAUCUGUCCCCCUUACAGAAACAUCAGCGGGCACAUUUACAACCAGAAUGUGUCUCAGAAGGACUGCAACUGCCUGCAUGUGGUGGAGCCCAUGCCGGUGCCUGGCCAUGAUGUGGAAGCCUACUGCCUGCUCUGUGAGUGUAGGUAUGAGGAGCGCAGCACCACAACCAUCAAGGUCAUUAUCGUCAUCUACCUGUCUGUGGUAGGGGCCCUCUUACUCUACAUGGCCUUCCUGAUGCUGGUGGACCCUCUCAUCCGAAAGCCGGAUGCCUAUACUGAGCAGCUGCACAAUGAAGAAGAGAAUGAGGAUGCCCGCUCCAUGGCUGCCGCCGCCGCAUCCAUUGGAGGACCCCGAGCAAACACCGUCCUGGAGCGGGUGGAAGGCGCUCAGCAGCGAUGGAAGCUACAGGUGCAGGAGCAGCGGAAGACGGUCUUCGAUCGACACAAGAUGCUCAGUUAGAUGAUUGCCAUGGCAGUGUCAGGGACCCAGACCUCGGCUACCAGCUUCUGGGGCAGUCUUCCCUGGGUCUUCCCUUCAAAUGCCCGUGGCAUUUGUCCUUCUCCCUCUCUCUAGAAAUGUACUCGACUGUUAUAACUAGGGAGUGGGAUUGGGUCUUUGGUCUCUAGUGUCUCUGUAGGUCUCUGGGGUAGAAGGGAGGGAAAGGAAGGCAGAAGAGAACAGAGAUGGUUGAGACGGCCACACAAUUGGUGAAAUUCCUCCCUCCUGUCCUCGCCGUUCCUCACAGCUCCACAUCUUAAGGAUGUUUAUAGCUCUUUGGGAGACGGAGCUGUGCCGUCAAUAGCUCGGUGGGUGCGACGAAAGUGUGACCCAGCCCUCAGCCUGUGCUCUACGAUGCCGUGGCCCCCAUUCCCACUUUUCCAGUGCCAAUACUUUAGCUUGGCCUGGCCCCAGCCUCAGGAACUGUUAUGGUGCCACUGAGCCCAUGGUCAUCUCCAGAGUCCACCUGGAAGCCUGCUUCCCUCUCGGCUCCUGGUCCACCCGUGCAUGGCAGUGCCCAUGCAUGCUGGCAUACUUAGCAGCUGUCACCUAACCCCCAUCCCAGGAGGCCGUGGGGCCUCCCACCUCUCCCCAGUGACUGCAGCUACUGAGCCCUCAAGUUGGACCAUAGGACACAAGGCUGUCAGGGGACCCGAGUACCAUGACUCCUGUCCUUGGAUGACCUCUUGUCCCUGAAUUUCAUUGUACCAUGCAUGGAGAGAAAUGUUUGUCUUUCUGUUGUCUGUACAUCAAAGAAGCCAUUAAAUUGUUUUAUUUCUCAAA